UUUAUUAUGAACGCCCAUGCCCAUAACAGGCCAGCUAUCGUUCGUACAGCUAAUAGUUAGUAUCUAUUCAGUCGAAUUCAGGGGUCUCACGACCUGAAACUAUCAAUUGCUGUGCCUCAGGACUCAGGAGGGGUGGGCCCUGUUAUACCUAUAAUUCAACAGAUGAUUGACCACCUGUGCUGCACUGGGGGUAUUUUCAGCUUGGAGCUUCUGUUGGGAUAAUCAAUCACUCGACCGUUGUGUGGUUAAUUGCCUGGUCAUUUAAUAUCUGUCAAGUUCAGUGGCUGAGCUUCGCUCGUCUCGUCUUUCCGUUGCUCACCGGCUGAAUCGUAUCCCCACCACCACAUCAGGACACUCUCGCUCGCUGCCCCUCCAUCUACUUACACCUCGCGCACCACCUUGACACCAGGCCUCUCGAAACCGUCGCCAGUCGCCGUUCAUCAUGUCGUCUCGACCACAGCUCUCGGCCUUCACGCGCGGCCUCUCGGCCCUCUCGCAAAGCCAGAGUGCCGAUGGCGCCAACUCGCCCGCUGAGCAGCGCGACGACGCGAAGCGCAACUUCCUCAAGACGAUGCGGCCGCUCCCGACGCAGCACUACUGGCACGUCUACUUUGACCGCCAGAACAAGGAGGCCGCCGCCGAUGGCCAGGAGUACAACGCCGAGCUCGAGCAACUCGGCUCCCAGAUCGAGUCCGUCCAGGACUUUUGGCGUUACAACAACAACACACCCGUCGACAUGAUCAAGAUGCGCGAGAGCAUCUACCUCUUCAAGUCUGGAUUCCGACCGGUGUGGGAAGACCGCCGAAACCUCAACGGUGGAAGUUGGACCUUCCGCGUGCCCAAGGCCAGCGGGCCCGAUGUCUGGACGCGCGUCCAGCUGCUGGCCAUUGGAGAGGUGCUUGAGGCGGCAUUGGACAAAGAUGACCAGCUGUGCGGCGUCGGCCUGUCCGUCCGCUUCAACUCCCACCUCAUCUCCAUCUGGCACCGCGAUUCGUCCAAGCAGAACUCGAUUGACGGCAUCUUUGCCUGUGUGAUGGAGCAGCUCCCGGAGGAGCUCAGGCCCAAGGAGGACGGGUGUUUCUACAAGAAGCAUGCGGACCACCCUGGGUUCAACCCGCCGCCCGAGCUCAGGGCCGUGCUGGAUUCACAGCGCAGGGCGGCCGAGCAAAAGGCGGCCGGCGGCGAUGAUGCGGACGAGAAUGUGCCGGCGGCGGAGGGCCAGCCGGAGGUCAAGGUGGACUCGAUGCAAUGAUUUACGAAGAUAUGACACUCUGCGGAGAUAUGACUGCAUUACGGGCGUUAGGGCACCCAUUUUGGACGAUUCCAUCUUGGAAGAUCAAUCAUGAAUAGACACGAGCAGCUUCCCUGUCGAGAAAGAACCUCGUCAUCGUGUG